AUGAUAGCGACGUGUCUCGUCGUGUGGAGCCUUUGGGGCGCGGCGGCCGGCGGCGCUCGACCGGCGGCGCCGGCCGUGCCGCGCUGCUGCCCCGCCGGACAAGAGCUCGCGCCGGACGCGCUGCGCUUCGAGACGAUGGCGCGCUCGAGCGUCGCCGCCGCCUGCCAGCCCGCCGCCAACCUCACAUGGGAGCCGCUGGUGUACGCGCCGGCCAGAGGUACCUUCCUGCCCCGCGGCCAGCUGCCGCAGCACUGGAAGCUGGCGCAGGCGGCGGUGCCCGCGUGCGACGAGCUGCGCGCCAUCCCCGAGCACUCGGCGCCGUAUGCGCUGCUCGCCAACAACGGCUCGCUGCUGCUGCGCAGCGCCGCGGCCGCGCUGCCGCUGGACCGCUACUGCGCCGACGGCCACGCCGUGCUCGUGUGCGCCGCGGACGCGCCGCGCCCGCCCAGCAAGUGCUGCGCCGAGACGCGCGCGUUCGACGGCACGCGCUGCGUGGAGGACGAGGCGCGCGCGGCCGAGGCGGCGGAGGAGCUGCGGGCGCUGGCCAACGGCAGCGCGGUGGGCGGCGGCUGGCCGGCGUGCGCGGAGGGCGCGCGGUUCGCGGUGGCGGGCGCGCUGGCGGGCGCGCGGCUGGGGGNGCGGCACGUGCUGUACGGCGCGGGGCUGGCCGUGGGCGCGGCGUUCCUGGCGGCGACGCUGGCGGCGGGCUUCGCGCUGCCGGCGGCGCACCACGCGCUGCACUGGCGCUGCCAGACGCACUACGUGGCGGCGCUGAUGCUGGGCGACGUGCUGCUGGCGGCCACGCAGCUGGCGGCGGACCGUGUGCCGCCCACGCUGUGCCGCGCGUUAGCCGUCUGUAUGCACUUCUUGUUCCUCUCGGCUUUCUUCUGGCUGAACACGAUGUGUUUCAACAUUUGGUGGACUUUCCGCGACUUCCGGCCGACGAGCCUGGAGCGCGGGCAGGAGGCGUGGCGCCUGCGCGUGUACAUGCUGUACGCGUGGGGCGGGCCGCUGCUGGUGGCGGGCGCGGCGGCGCUGCUGGACGCGCUGCCGCCCGGCGCCGGCGCCGCGCCCUUCCUGCGCCCGCGCUUCGCCGUGCAGCGCUGCUGGUUCUACGGCGACAUGGAGAUCUUCGUCUACUUCUUCGGGCCCGUCGGCGUGCUGCUGCUCGUCAACCUCGCGCUCUUCGUCUCCACCACGCGCCAGCUCACCUGCGGCCUCUGGCGCCGCGACGAGGUCAAGUCCACAUCGGAGAGGGCCGCGCUGGGGCGCGUGUGCGCCAAGCUGGUGGUGGUGAUGGGCGUGACGUGGGGCGCGGACGUGGUGUCGUGGGCGUGCGGCGGGCCCGACUACGUGUGGUACGCCACGGACCUGCUGAACGCGCUGCAGGGCGUGUUCAUCUUCCUGGUGGUGGGCUGCCAGCCGCACGCGUGGGCGGCGCUGAAGCGCUGCGCCGCGGCGUCGUGCUGCCGGCGCUGGUGCGGCCGCGCGCCCGCCGCGCCCGCGCAGCGCGCCACGCACUCGUCCACGCACCUGCCGUCGUGCGGCGAGUCGCUCACGCACACCACGGCCGCGCCCGCCGCCGCCGCCUCGCCGCCGCCGCCGCCCAAGAUCCCCAUGGAGACAGUGUGCUGAGCGCCCGAACUUUUCAAUUGCGAUGGACGCUCCUACGUAUUUAUUGUUCAGUAUUAUUUUUAUUUUUGUAUUUUUGAUGAUGAUUACGAGUGUAGUUUCGUAUGAUACGAUGUACUGUGAACGUUUUGAAGCCGCCUGGAGGCUCCCGUGUAAUCGUAAGUCACGUUGUACCUUUGUACGAGCGUCGCGUACACAUUUGUAUAUGUAUGUUAUUUGAUUGUAGAUAUUGUACGUAUCUAAAAAUCUGUAAACCUGACGAGGCGUCGGGGUCGCUCUUGCCCCGUUUGAUUGGCUGUUAAACAAAAGUAACAAAUAUAUUGUGAAAUUGA